ACUACAAAAACCUAGAAGAAAAGUGGCGUGUUUAUUAUCGGUUUAAAUUUAUAAAGAAAGCACAUGGUAAUUGGUUUUGUCUAACAAACGUAGUAUUGAGUAUUCUCAUAAAUCAAUAUAAAUAUAAGACGUGGCAGUCGUGAGGGCUUGAGGUGUUCGUGCAGUCCUCGUUGUGUUUCUAUUAAGAUCACAUGAUCUAGCAGCUAGCUGCGUUAUUAGCAGUCUCUGUGAGUUGAACAGGAAAAGCUGCGACCUGACGUUUUUUGAGCUGUCAAACGAAUGAACUCAUAAUAUUUCACAUAUUUUAUCAAUAUUACUAUUAUUUCAGCAGCUGUCUGUAUAAAACUGCGAAGCACAUUAAGAGAAAUCGUUUCGAGAUAGAUGUUUUCCAUAUGGCUGCCAUCAUCAGAAUUAAGCAAAUGAGCAUGUGAUCUAGCACUGUGGCUAACAGCAUAUUACUGGACCAGUUGAGGAGCACAUCAAACUGGGGUAAAUAAUUUCAAGGUGUUUUUUGAUAAGUAGUGAAUAGCCAUGACGGCAAGAAAGUCCCUGCUUAAAGUCAUCCUGCUUGGUGAUGGCGGCGUUGGAAAGAGCUCCAUAAUGAAUCGGUACGUCACCAACAAGUUCGAUGCCCACCUCUUCCACACCAUCGGCGUUGAGUUCCUAAACAAAACCCUCGAGGUGGACGGGAAUCAGGUAACCCUACAGAUCUGGGACACUGCCGGCCAAGAGCGCUUUCGCAGCCUGAGGACUCCUUUUUAUCGUGGCUCCGAUUGCUGCCUGCUCACCUUCAGCGUGGAUGAUAACCAGAGUUUUCUCAACUUGAGCAACUGGAAGAAGGAGUUCAUCUACUACGCAGAUGUCAAGGAGCCAGAGAAGUUCCCCUUUGUGGUCCUGGGCAACAAAUUGGAUGUGACAGAGCGGCAGGUGUCAUCAGAGGAGGCUCGGCUGUGGUGCCAGGAAAAUGGUGACUACCCAUAUUUUGAGACCAGUGCCAAGGAUGCCACAAAUGUAGCGGUGGCUUUUGAGGAAGCGGUGCACAGAGCAUUGGCCGCAGAUGACAAAGCAGAUCACCUCAUCCCCACGGACACAGUCAAGCUCCACAGAAAGCCCCGCUCUGCUACCGCUUGCUGUUCUUAAAAUUCCGAAUCUAUCAAAAAUAAUCCUCUGUUAUGCCUGUGAUGUUUUGAGGCUGUAGCCAUAAUAUGCUGUAGUGAUAAAUUAUGCUACUAGCUUUUUCUCAUUCGUCCAAGGUUCAAGGAAACUGUUGGACUUCUGCCUGAAAUAAACAAGAAACACUAAAUCUAACCAUGUCCACAUACAAAUACACUCAAGGUACUGAUGCAUUGAAUUAGCUUUGGCACAUUUUAAAAUUCAGACUGUCUUUAAACAUAAAAAAACUGAGUGUUCCAGUUUUCUGCGGUCAUAAUGACAAAUACAUCCUGUUUAGAUGUGUAAGUGCAAAUAUUAUUGGGCUUCCAGAUGUGACUGUGCAAAGCAAUUACAGAUAUUUGUAUGAAGAAUUUAACUACAGAACAUGAACAUCAUUUGUAUCAGCCAAUAACCAUGUUUCCAAUGAUUAUAAGGUAUCUAAAUCCUGUUCUUAGAAAAGCUAACCACAGACUUUUAAUUAUUACCCCUUAGGACUGUGUUAUGUAUUUGCAUCAUGAAAAAAAAAAGAAGUGUUGAGAAAAUGUUCCCUUCUGGAAAUUAACCCAAGGCAUAACGUGCGUAACAAUCUUGAUCUUUCAAGUUUCUGCAAACCUUUGCGUUCAGUAGCCUAGCUGAUGUUUGAAUUACAAAUAUUUUUUUUUUAUAUAAUGAAAAUAACUUUUUUCUUUCAGGCAUUAUUUAAAUGAAAUACUAAUCCUUAAUGCAUUCAAUUAAAGUUCUUUAGAAAAACCAUUUCAAUUAUUUGAGAAAAUCAAUUCUUUCUCCUAAGUGAAUCUUAUGAAAAAUUAAUGUAGAAUGUUAAAGCUGGUAUAGAGGGCCAAAGGUGCCACAACCCAGCAAAUAUUUAUGAAUGUGAUCCUUUAAAACUGUAGUAAAUACAUUUAAAUAUUUAUAUAAAGGCAUGUAAUUUUUAUUUCAGAAAUUAUUAAAAAUUAAAUACAUUAUGUUAAGCGGUAUUUAUGUUUUGUCAUGUUUCCUGUGCUACAGUCCAUCACAACUCUUCUGUUAAACUGCCAGCUAACUUACUUGGGUAAAGUGUACUGAAAAUAAAUUCAUGCCGGAACUUAGUACUGUGAAAUGGUUAAAUAUUGAAAUAAUUAUAUUUGCACAUAACAUACGACUUAAAAUUUUAAUUCAUGAUUAAGAAAUAAAAAUAUUUUUAUUUCAUGUUUUUUUCAGUUUUAUUUCAAUUGGCACAUAUAUAACUAUUUAUUACUGACUUGUGAAAUGCAUUUUUGACAAUUUUGGCUCCCAUUAGACGUAUUUAAAAUGAGAAACACUCAGAAUGGUCUGAUCAGCUUGCGUUGUAACCUGAAGAUUAUUAUUCAAGAUAUUAAACAAAACUUCUGGUGGAGAUUUGA